GUUGCGGUCUGUGUGUGUAUGUGGAGGAGGCAGUAGUCGCAGCCCACCUGGCCCGGAGGCUGGUCAGGAGGUAGGAGUCGCAGGAUGGAUGCAGCUACUCUGACCUAUGAUACUCUCAGGUUUGAGUAUGAAGACUUCCCUGAGACCAAAGAGCCUGUUUGGAUACUGGGGAGAACAUACAGUGUGUUCACAGAGAAAGAGGAGAUCCUGUUGGAUGUGACAUCUCGGCUUUGGUUCACAUACAGAAAGAACUUUCCUGCCAUUGGAGGAACAGGCCCCACGUCUGAUACCGGCUGGGGCUGCAUGUUGAGGUGUGGUCAGAUGAUCUUCGCUCAGGCAUUGGUCUGCCGGCACUUAGGCAGAGAUUGGAGGUGGGUGAAAGGGAAGAGGCAGACGGAUAAUUACUUCAACAUACUUAAUGCCUUCAUUGACAAAAAAGACAGCUACUACUCCAUCCACCAGAUAGCCCAGAUGGGAGUUGGAGAGGGCAAAUCGAUAGGCCAGUGGUACGGACCAAACACAGUUGCACAAGUGCUCAGAAAACUUGCCACUUUUGAUACAUGGAGCUCAUUGGCAGUGCACAUAGCCAUGGACAACACUGUAGUGAUGGAAGAAAUCAGACGGUUAUGCAAGUCCAAUUUCUUGUGUGCUGGGGCUGCAGCGUUCCCUGCUGCAGAGUCAGACCUGCUCUAUAAUGGGUUCCCGGUUGGAGCAGAGGUUACAGAUAGGUUGUCGCAAUGGAAACCAUUGGUGCUCCUGAUACCUCUUCGCCUUGGGCUCACGGAUAUCAAUGAAGCUUAUAUUGAAACACUAAAGCACUGCUUCAUGAUGCCUCAGUCCCUGGGAGUGAUUGGAGGGAAACCCAACAGUGCUCAUUACUUCAUUGGCUAUGUAGGUGAGGAGCUAAUUUACUUGGACCCCCAUACUACACAACCUGCAAUGGAACCCAGUGACAAUGGCUGUAUCCCUGAUGAGAGCUUCCACUGUCAACACCCCCCCUGCCGAAUGAGCAUUGCUGAACUUGACCCAUCCAUCGCAGUGGGCUUUUUCUGCAACACAGAGGAAGACUUUAAUAACUGGUGCCAGCAAAUCAAAAAGCUGUCCCUGCUAAGAGGAGCUCUGCCAAUGUUUGAACUGGUAGAACAUCAGCCAUCACACUUUUCCAGCCCUGAUGUUCUGAAUCUCACACCAGACUCUUCUGAUGCAGACAGGUUGGAAAGAUUCUUUGACUCGGAGGAUGAAGACUUUGAAAUCUUAUCUCUUUGAAAAUAGAUAGGAAACUGACUGCACGUCUAUGUUGUGUGUGGGGUGUGUGUGUGGGGGGGGGGGGAAGAAGCACAUGGGCCCUUACUGGUUUUCAUAGGUGCUUGGUGACCUCCCUGCCUCCCAUCCAUCCCAGCAUUCUGUGCAGUCUCAAGCACAGUGUGCACUGUCUGCAUUGGGAUCAAGAAACAAGUCAUCAUUAAGGCUUCAGUGGCCAGAGUCAGGAUUUCUCAGCGCAAAACACGUGCAAGAAGUGGAUGCAGUGGUGCCAAGGAGUUCAAAGUUUUGUUUGUUGCAGCAGCAGCAGCUCAGCUGCCCCUACAAGAGUAACAGUAGAAAUCCCCCAUGAAGCUAAACCCUUAUGAGUAUUUCCCAGUGAUAUUUAAUCAGAGCUAUUCCUCUUUUGGGGGGUCAAAACCUAUACUGUUGCUAGUUCCUUCCAUAGCUUUCCUGCUUAUGGCUGACUUGGGCUAAACUUAGAUUUAUGGAAAGCAAUGUAAAUUAAUACCAGGCAUAUCCCAUAUGGAGCCUCCAGCCCAGUAGUAUGUGAGCUAGUCACUUGGAUGGUCACACUUUCCCUAGUAAUAGGCCACACGCUGCUGCUCAUGCUUAAUAGUUGCAGUGCUUUCUCACGAACACAGUGCUAUCUGUCUUCACUGUACCCAGAAGCUGCCUGCUCUUAUAAAGGGCAACUUUCUCUCAGAGGUGAAGCACUUCCUCUCUGGACAUUACCCUGAGGUUUUCCACAAGGUCUGAAGAUGACAACCAAAAGGGGAAGAGAAUCCCAGUUUAAAUAAAAGGAGGAAGGAAGAAAAUUAUGUAUGUGAGGGCCAUAGUCUCACUGGCUGAGUCAUCGAAACACCAAGGCUCUGAAAAAGAUGGAUUGACAAAUACAGCAGUGAGGUGUCUUCAUUAAAGUGUCUGUUAAGAGAGCUAGACAGAGUCCUGUGAGAGGUUGAGAUGUUUAUAAAUCUUAGCCUGAUAUUGCUUUUAGUUAAAAAUGGUUGAGGGGGGCCUGAGGCAGAACAGGAAGACUGAGAAUUUACCAUGUCCUUUCUCAUACCUAAACCCUUUCCUGACUCCAUAGGCUGCCUGGUGUUGGUAUGUAAGGUUUCACCUUUGUGAAUUAGUCCUUAACCCAACAGUUUUUGGUGCCACAAAGCAUCCUGUGUAGCACCACUCCUGCUGGGUAGAUUAAUUAAUUAAUAAAUAAAUAAAUGGAGAUAUCCUAUCUCCUAGAACUGGAAGGGACCUUGAAAGGUCAUCGAGUCCAGCCCCCUGCCUUCACUAGCAGGACCAAGUACUGAUUUUGCCCCAGAUCCCCAAGUGGCCCCCUCAAGGAUUGAACUCACAACCCUGGGUUUAGCAGGCCAAUGCUCAAACCACUGAGCUAUCCCUCCCCCCCCAGCUCCUACUCCCAUUGAACUCUGUGCUUUCAAAAUGAUGUAUAAGGGGGCUUGAAAUUUAAUUGGACAUAGAAUAUAUGUUUGGUAUCAUUUCAGACGCUAUUCUGCAGCUUCCCUCUAUAUGAUCCUUCUAGCACAGUGUGGCAAAUGCAUACUGUAGAAGCUAGGCCAAAGAAACCUAUUUUAAGUGAUCAUCUGAAGAGGUCAGGAAAAAACUGGUUGCCUAGAAAAGUUGAUAGUUAAAUAUCAAACACAAUUGUACUGGAAACCUUGGAGUUACUUUAAUAACUUUACAUGAUCUUGCCUGUGGCCCAUAAUACCUAUUUAGUAAAAAUGAGCUGGAUCAAAACCAGAUGCAUAGGAGAACUGUGUCCUGGUGUGAGCCACCAUAGAAGUGAAGUCUUCUCCUUUCUCCAGGACUUCUGCAAAUGGCAAAUUCAUGUUUGCAAUGCAUUUUCCUGCAUUUGGGAACAGCACUUGUCAGUUGAUGCUUUUGUGCCCAGAAGGUACAUAAACUGGCCAUAAAUGCUCUCCUCCAUGACAAGGCUGACUGACAUAUUGAUGCUAAUCUCAUUAUCUACCCUUAAUCUCCCAGAGAUUUUAACUCUUGAGCCAUGAUGCUUCUGUCACUAAAUUACUUGCUGCUUUCUCUCUGCUGCUGUUCCUCCUCAUCUCUUGCAUUAAUUUUAAGGGGGGGCGGGGAGAUAGUGGAGGAAGUGGGGCUGUGCUCCAUUCAUCAACUGCUUUCAAUUUGUAUCUGAAUAAACAAACUUAAAAUCUU